AUGUCCUCGGACUCAAAACACCCUCGAAAGAGCCUCGAAUUCCUUGAAGAUGGCAGGCCCCGCUUUCACGGGUGCUCAAGAAUUACCGAAUAUGAAUACCUGGGCAAGCUCGGCGAGGGUACCUUUGGCGAAGUGUCCAAAGCCAGGUCGAAGCGGACGGGUCAGAUUGUCGCGUUGAAAAAGAUCUUGAUGCACAAUGAGAAGGAUGGCUUCCCCAUCACCGCACUGCGGGAGAUCAAGCUACUGAAGCAACUCGAUCACAUCAACAUCCUGAAGCUGGCAGAGAUGGCCGUCGAACGACCGAAGAAUGCGAGCAAGAAAACGAGCAUGUUCAUGGUGACGCCAUAUAUGGACCACGAUCUCUCGGGCCUUCUGGAAAAUCCAGACGUCAAUUUCACCACGCCACAAAUCAAGUGUUAUAUGAAGCAACUCCUCAAAGGCUGCGCAUACCUCCACGAGAACAGAAUCCUACACCGAGAUAUGAAGACUGCCAACUUGCUCAUCAACAACCGAGGGAUUCUCCAAAUUGCGGAUUUCGGCCUGGCGCGUCCCUACGACGAUGAGCCUCCCAAACCUGGUCAAGGAGGUGGUGAAGCCACAAGAGAAUACACUACUUUGGUUGUGACUCGAUGGUAUCGUCCGCCAGAACUGCUGCUCCAAUUGCGCAAGUACACCACCGCUAUCGACAUGUGGGGGGUUGGCUGUGUCUUUGGAGAAAUGUUCAAGCGCAAGCCCAUCUUGACUGGAGACAGUGAUCUGAACCAGGCCAGAUUAAUCUUCGAGCUGCUGGGCUCCCCUACGGAAGAGAACAUGCCCGGUUGGCGCCAACUUCCUGGCGCUGAGGCUAUUCUGGAGUUCGAACAAAUGCCUUCCUCUCUCAAUCGACAAUUCCGCGACCUCGAGCCACUGGCACUCUCGCUCCUAAGUGAGCUUUUGAAGCUGGAUUGGCGAAAACGGAUCAACGCUAUCGACGCCCUAAAACAUCCUUAUUUCCACUCCGCACCUUACCCAGCGAGGCCUGAAGACUUGCCCUCAUUUGAAGAGUCGCACGAACUGGAUCGAAAGAAAUUCAGAGAUCAGAGAACCAAGCGGCCACCUGCACCAGCUGGCGGCUCUGUAGGUAUUGGCCCGCAGGGAGAAUGGGGUAUCAGUGGGAGGCCGCUUCCACCGUACGAAGGUAUGCGUGGCGGCGGUCCCCAUCCUAGUUCUCGUAUACCUGGUAGCAGACCACCGUAUGCGAACGGCCACAACAGUCAGCCCUACAAUCGACGGCCACCUGGUCCACCCCCCCAGAAUGGUGCAUAUGUCGGUGGGGGUGACUACCGUGGUGCGAAUCCUUAUCCACCUCACCGAGAUAUGCCACCGUACGAUCAAGGCCAUCGUCCGCCUUAUGAUGACUCCUACCCACGACGACCCCCUGCCGAUCAUGCACCGCCACCACGCCUGCCGCCUGCAGAGAUUGACUCUCAUCGUUACGGUCCACCAGACGUGCCACCUUACCGUGACGACGGUCGUGGUCACCCUCCUCCAAGAUCUCGAGUACCUCCGUCCGCGAGUGGUGGUGGUGGGGGUGGGGGUGGCAGCGGUCCUCCAGGUGGUGCCAACCGUGAUACCUAUAUUCCUCCAUAUUCGAAUGCAGAUCCUCACGCGGCUCCACCGAAGCAUAGACGCAGGGACGAUCGGCCAACAUACCGAGAAGGGCCACCUGAUUAUGGCGAGCCAGUACGCUAUGAGGAAGUUGGUGGAAGAGAAGCACCGGAUAGAGACCGUGACCGAGAGCGAAGGCCAAGGAGUCGAAGUCCAAUUCGGGACUGGGAAAGAGACAGGGAGGUGCACCGGGAUAGAAGAGAUAGAGACCGAGAAGUUGGAAGGGAUUACAGAGAGCGGGAUAGAGACAGAGGUGGAUAUGGUGGACAGGAUCCUUAUCGUCGAUAG